AUGCAUAAGAAACAAUUUUAUUCUCGACGUGUAGUUAAUCUACGUCAAAGGCGUUUAAAAAAAUUAGAAAAACAAGAAAUUUAUUUAAACUCUUCAAGUGAAAGUGACAGUGAAGAUUAUAAUGUUAAUCAACAUAUACAUAAUAUAAAUUCCAUGACUUCCAAUGAUCUUUCAGCACCAGAUGAUGAUUUAAAUACAUAUGAAAAUUAUCAUGAUGAUGAACAUGAUAACACCAACAAAUUAAAUGAUUUUCAAGAUACUAUUUUUGAUCAUUCACCACCACUAUAUGAUGGCUGUCGAUUUUCCACAAUUAAAUCAGUAAAAAUGCUAAUAAAUUUUUUUUCUCGAAUUAAUUUAGAUAAAAAAAAUACUAUUGAUCUAAUGAAAUUGAUAAAACUUAUAUUACCAGUUAAAAAUGCAUUACCUACAUCAUGGAAAUCUAUAAUGAAAUUAUUUAGAAAAGUCAAUUGUUCAUCGACAACUUUUUUUUGUUCAAAAUGCUUUAAUCAAUGUGAAAAAACAAGAUUUAACACCAAAAUUUGUGUGAACGAUAAUUGUUAUUUAUCAAAAAGAACGUUAAAAACAAACGAGAUCGUGGAAAUAGUAAAUCUUGAUAUUCGUAGUCAAAUGAAGUCUAUUAUUACUCGGAAUAUAAAUUUAUUAACCCAAAGCUAUGAUUUAUUUCCACCAUCUGAUGUAACCUCUGCUUCUCUUUAUAGAACAACAAUAUCAAAUACAAAAUGUAACACCAUUACAAUUAUUAUUCACACAGAUGGUGCUCCCUUA